AUGAGUAAAUCAUUAUAUAGCAGUGUUGAUUCUUUGGGAGAAGCAUCUAGACGUUUCGUUACUUUAAUAGCCACGGCAGAAAAAAUAAUACAACAUAUUGAGGGUAUUUAUAAGAAUGCACAAUAUAAUAAGAGAAUUUGUAAUCUAUUUUUGGAUCGUGUAGAUGUUGUUCCAGCUUACAUUAAAAAACUAGGACGUAAACAAGAAGAAAAUGAACACCUUUUUCGUAAUGAAAAUUAUUACAAACAUUUUGUACGUUUUACCAAUGUGUUAUACGAAAUAGAAACAUUUCUUAAGGAUAUUACUCGUCUUGCUGGAUACAGUAAAUAUCGUAAUUUCAAAGAGGUGUUUGAAAAACUUACUCGAAAUAUUGAUAAUGUUAUGAGAAAUUUAAACUUUAAAACGACUUUUUUGGAGUCAAUUCAAGGUGGAAUUGUUGAUGAUAACAAACGAAUGGACACAUCUUUGCAAGAAGUAAUUAUUAUCAAAAAUCAGUAA